AUGUGGGACAUGCACUACCCUUCCAACAGCAGGACUGCUUGGGUUUCUUGCGGGGCUCGCCCGCUCUGCCUCUUCAUCGCUUGUGCGCCGGUGGCCACUUCUCUUUUCGGGCUGAUUGACUAUGGUCAGCGCUUUGGUCGGGCCUGGAUUGGCGAGAAUCGGCCUGUUAUGAGUGAGCAAGUCGUCGAUGCCAAAGCCUAG